AUUUUAUCCGGUGAUCGCUACGCGGCGCUUGGCUCAUCGUGGUGCAAACGUAUCCUGCAUUCCUCCGUGUUGACGAAACAGCAUGAUGCAGUCGGCGCGGACUCUCCGGCGCUGCGGCCAAGGCGGCGCCUUCUCUCGAUGGAUGAGCACCUCUGCAAUUCCCUCCGCAAACCCCCUCGUCAACGUUGAACGCCGUGAAGGAUUUGCGAUUGUACGGUUGAAUCGCCCGCCGGUGAACUCUCUCAACCUCGAGAUGUUCCAAGCACUUGACAAGACAGUGGAAGAGCUGGAGAAGGACAAGACGAUCAAGGGCAUGAUUCUUGCGUCGGCAAAUCCGAAAAUCUUCUCGGGAGGACUCGACAUCACGGAAUUGUACCAGCCCAAGAACCAUCGUUUGCGUGAAUUCUGGGGCUCGUUCCAGCGAUUUUUCCUUCGCCUGUACAUGUCACCGUUGGCGACCGUUGCUGCUGUGGAAGGACACAGUCCCGCGGGUGGAUGCUUUCUUGCGAUGUGCUGCGAUGCACGCGUGAUGGCGAUCGGUAAACCGGUCAUGGGCCUAAACGAGACAAAACUCGGGAUUGCCGCGCCGUUCUGGAUGAAGGACGUUAUGCUCAACACGAUCGGUCACCGCGAAACCGAGAAGAUGCUUGGUCUUGGUUUGCAAGUCGAUGCGAUCAAUGCCAAGCGCAUUGGGCUGGUGGACGAAGCGGUCGAGUUGGACGAGGUGCUGCCGGUGGCCGAAUCCAUUCUGCAGCAAUGGCUGGCAAUCCCUGGCCAUGCCAGGAAGGCCACCAAGCACCUCAUGCGCCACGCCACUGCGGAACGCUUGCGCAGCGAUCUAAAAGGAGACGUCGAUAACUUUGCCGAUUUCAUCGAGACGGACCGAGUGCAGAACGCCCUCGGCGCUUAUCUCGAAUCCCUCAAGAAAUCCAAAGAGUCCAAACAAUCCAAGGCGUAAGCUACAGUGAAGGAAUGACAGCCAUACCCGACGAAGAGCCAUGUGUAACCUGUAGCAUUUGCUCGAAAUUCUUCUCAUGACGAAACCUCGUACGCCGUCAGUCCGAGUCACUUCCGUCCUU